GACAUGUUCCGUGUGUUUGUGAAUGCGACUCUUUAUUGUUAUGCUCGUUGUAUAUGAAAAGAAAUAGCUCCUGGAUUUAGAAAAUGUACUUUUAGUUAUUCGUUUUUGCGUCGUUGGUUUUUAAUCAAUCAUUUAAAAGACUACGGUUUUAUUUGUUUGGGGUUAUUUAGGUUACUCGGCUCACCUGCCGUCGACAACGAACAGCAAGACAGGUUUGAGGACUGGUUUUACUCAACCUGAAUUGUUCUAAAAAGAAGUGACACCGGAUGUCUAAAGGUACUGACGAAUAGGCGGAAGAAAGAGAAACAUUACAUACAAAUCGGCAGUUCUUAACGUCAUGGACCCGAUGGAUGCAGGAAUGCGUUACACCCCAAAGUCUUCGGACAAGGACUGGGACCAAGGGUUAACAUUUCUUCCAGCAACAGAUUCCAAAAAGCUGGAGAAGAAGAAACAUCCAGGGAAGACUGGUGCCAUUAUUGGCAUAAUCGUCUUUGCUGCUGUUGUGGCUUUGAUGACAGGACUUCUUGUGUGGCAUUUCCACUUUCGGAAGGAUACCAGGGUGAAAAAGAUGUACGCUGGCUCUAUGAACAUCACAAAUCAAGCCUUUUUGGAGGCCUAUGAGAACCCCAAUAGUACAGAGUUUCAGGACCUGGCCAACCAAGUAACAUCCCAAUUAAAAGAACUCUACUCCAGGAUUCCCCAGCUGUCAAAAUAUUAUGUUGGUUCUACGGUGCAAGCUUUCAGUGAAGGCAGUGUAAUAGCAUAUUAUCUGUCAGAGUUCCAUGUUCCAGUGUCACAGGAGGCUACUGUGGAUAACACCAUGACUACUAUGGAUGACACGAUAAAGAAGCAGCGACGUCUAGACUCAUCAGAACAUCUGAAGUUCACUAGAAUAGAUACUUCUGCUAUAGAUUCACAGAUAUUUACAAAGCAGAUGUAUACGUAUGCUGUGCACACAAGGCCUAAUACAGUCAUUGAUAUCAUGUCACCUGGGUUUCCUAACUACCCAUAUCCACAAAAUACGUUUGCGCAGUGGCAAUUACGAGCUGACCCUGGCAACAUCAUCAAGCUGGACUUCACUACUUUCAAUGUGGAGGAAAACUGCAGCAGUGACUUUAUCAAAGUGUAUGACUCACUGUUGGCAAUGGAGGGUCGACUUAUGGCUCAGAAAUGUGGACACUAUUCACCCAAUAACCCACUUGGAUUUAUCUCCUCUGGAAAUGUCAUGCUGUUGACUCUUGUAACCAACGAACUUGGGGACUUUCCUGGUUUUAGAGCACAAUUGACCCAGGUGCCUGUGGAAAGAGCUAGAGUAGCACUGACAUGUGGUGGAACUCUCACAGAAUCGUCUGGAACUUUUACUUCACCAAACUAUCCAAAAUAUUAUCCACCACUCAUGAGGUGUGAAUGGAACAUCCAGGUGCCACCUACAAUGCACGUGAAGCUGACCUUCUCUAAAUUCAUGAUGUCCGUCGGUGGGUCCUGUUCGAAUGAUUAUGUCCAGGUCAAUGAUGAGAAGCUUUGUGGUUCACUACCAUCUUCCACCAUGCGUACCAGCAACUCAAACCAAAUGACUGUGAUUUUCUACUCUGAUGCAUCAAAUGUGGAUCGAGGCUUUAAUGCAAGCUACAAAGCUUUUGAACCAACUAACCCAUGUCCUGAUAAGUUCCUGUGCAACAAUAAGCGCUGUGUCAGUAAUGCCCUGGUCUGUGAUGGUUGGAAUGACUGUGGAGACUCUAGUGAUGAGAGGAAAUGCGAAUGCAAGUCUGACAUGAUCAGAUGUAACAAUGGUCUUUGUAAGCCAAUGUUCUGGAAAUGUGAUGGUGUUGAUGAUUGUGGAGACAGGACCGAUGAACUGAACUGUGGACCUGCCUGUAAAGAAGGACAGUUUACAUGUGGAAAUGGUGUGUGUAUCCCAGUGAAACAAAGGUGUGAUGGGAGAAAUGACUGUAGUGAUAAAUCAGAUGAAGCAGACUGUGGAAGAAGCACUGUAUGUCUGGAAACUAAUUACCAAUGCAAGGAUGGCCAGUGCAUCAUUAAGCAGAACCCAGAGUGUGAUGGAGAGCAGGAUUGUACUGAUGGGUCAGAUGAGAACUGUGGUGUAUGUGGAGUGCAGCCUUUUAAGACCUCACGUAUUGUGGGCGGUCAGGAUGCAACAGAGGGAGAGUGGCCUUGGCAAGUCAGCCUUCAUAUCAAAAACUCUCUGCAUGUGUGUGGAGCAUCAAUCAUCAGUGAGAAAUGGCUAGUCACUGCUGCUCACUGCGUACAAGACGAACCAAAAAUUAGGCUCUCUCAGCCAGAAUCAUGGGAGGUGUAUCUGGGACUUUAUAAGCAAAAUCAGUUGAAUAAAGCAGAAAAGCGUUAUCUAAAAAGGAUCAUUGCUCACCCCAAUUACAAUGAGUACACCUUUGAUUACGAUAUUGCUCUUAUGGAACUGGACACACCUGUCAAUUUCAAGGAAACCAUCCGGCCCAUUUGUUUGCCAUCUUCCUCUUACGUCUUCCCUGUGGGCAAAGCAGUGUGGAUCACUGGCUGGGGUGCCACCAGAGAAGGAGGUUCUGGUGCAUCAUUGCUUCAGAAAGCAGAGGUUCGCAUAAUUAACAGUACAGUAUGUGAUUCAUUGAUGAAUGGGCAGAUCACAUCACGCAUGACUUGUGCUGGAGUCCUAGCAGGAGGGGUGGAUGCCUGUCAGGGAGAUUCCGGGGGUCCUAUGUCUAGCAGUAAUGUAGUUGGACGAGUGUUUCUGGCAGGUGUGGUGAGCUGGGGUGAUGGAUGUGCCCGUAGAAACAAACCUGGAAUUUACACCACUGUCCCAAAAUUCCGUGCCUGGAUAAAAGAGCAAACAGGAGUAUAAUUGCCGAAAGAAAAAGAUGAUGUUGGCUGUUUCAGGAAACAGAGUUACCAGGACUUUAGUGAAGCACGUUGAUCAGAAAAUGGUAUUUAUUUUGUUUAUGUGCCCGAGAGGACAAAUGGAAAAAGAACUAAGAUGUUUAGAAAGCUUUGAUAUUGAGGCUGUCUCUGAAAUUAGGUCAGUGUGAUUAGCCCAUAGCAUUAUGACCCUGUGUCCAUGAAACAGUAUGUUUUAAUCAUCCCUGUCUCCAAAAUGCAUGUAACCAUCUCUUGAUUGAAAUAUUAGUGUAGACAACCGUUUCACAUUUUUUGUGAAGUGAAGUACCAGGCUAUGUCUUAUUGUAAAUAGAUUCAGAUUACGUCCUUUAAAUUUGUUUCUUAAUGAAUUGCUUACUAUUUCAUGCCUGUUUUGUAGAUAUCAACUGUUCGGAGUUAGGAUUAUAUAGCAUAUCUUUUUAACACUCUGGGAUCCCUAAAUACACAAAAUGUAAACUAAAUGUGAAUAAUGAAUUUUCUCAUUCCUGUGUCAUUCUGUUUUUAUCAUCAAUGACUUGUAAUCAGAACAUACUGUCCUAAUGUUUUUUAAAGGUCUACUAAUGAGUGAUUUUGUGAUUUUUAACCCAUUUUACUUUUUUGUGUUUUAAUAUUUGUUUAACUUUUACUUUGUCAUGAAUUUAUUCAGGUUAUAAUCCUAAAUGCUAAAGGUACUGUUUUUGCUGUGUACAAGACACAUGUUUUAAAACAAUUUACUUUAAUAAAUGAUGCUUGUCCUUUUUAAAGUAUUGAAAUAUGAUUUAGAACUUCAAGUCUUGACGCAUGAAUGCAGGCUUUAAUUCUACCCAAAUAGGAGGCACACUUGAUAGUUGAUAUGGGUACAAGUGUGAAUAGGUGGAAAGGAAAGCAUGCAGCCACACCACGCCUUAGUGGACAAAAUGAAAACUGAUCCUGAUCUGGUAUAUGCAAGAACACCAUUAGAGAUCCAGAUCUUGAUCAGAAUUGGUUGAUGUACUAAAAGGCUACAGUAUAUGUAAGCAAUUCAGAUACGUUGUAAUUACAAUAUUAGUGUUCAAUAUCUUGUAGUGUACAUGCGCACUCAUUCUGUGCACUUUCAACGAAGUGAUUUAGUGAAUAUCCAGUAUAUACAGUAAAUGCUAUCAUACAAUAGUCAUCCUUUCUCACCUACCAGGCCACAUAAGUAAAAUGUUUAGCUAUCUGCUUGGCAGCUUAGAGUUGCUAAUGCAGGGGUAGUCUGCUCUUAUUAUGUUUAUUUGUUUGUUUUUUAAAAUAUAUAUAGGUAUGUCAAUUAUCUCUACUGUGGUCACAAACUCCUCUUCUUGUUUAAUAAUUACACUUGAAUGGUAAGAAUCAGUAAAACCACUUAUUGUGUUUAAAAAGCUAAACACAGUCAUCAGGCUAGUACCUGGGUGUUAUGGUACACCUUAUUUUAGUUAUGCACUGAAUUUGAAUUGCUUUAAGUAACAAAAAUAGAUGGUUUUACACUGUGUACAUUUGGAUUUAUAUAUAUCAGGGUUGUCAAAGACUAAAUCGGUCUGGGCCAGAUCAGCAUGUUUGUUUAAAAGUUAAAAACCUUCUUAAGGCCCCAAAAUCCUUACAUUUGUAAUCAGUUUACACCAAUAACCAGCUCUGAAAGUAGAAUAGCAUAUUUCUAGGAAAAAAAAUACAUAUGAAGUGAAACCUAUUUUGUAUAACCUGGAAUAACAUGCAACAGCCACGUGUGCAGUACUAUCUCAAUAAAGCACUAAGUAAUGUGAAUGAA